AUGGCGUGCACCGGCGUUCUGGCGAGCGGCCGCUGCACGGGGCUUCGGAAGCUGCCGCUGCACAGCAGCGCCUGCAUCGCGGUCAUCGUCGUGGUCAGCCAGAGUCUCAACAGGACUGGUAACGUUCUGGCAGGGAGCGCCAUGUGCGCUGUCAUCUACUCGUCGUCGACAAUUUGGAACGCCCUGCUGUCCCGAAUGAUUUUGAAGAGAGUCCUGACACUGUGGCAGUGGUGCGGAAUCGUCGUCGUGGUUCUUGGGCUGGCGAUCGCCAGCAUUGAGGCCAAGGGCCAGGGAGAGCGAAUCUUUCUUGGCGCAGCAAUGAUUACUGUCGGGGCGCUCCUCCACUCAUUGGGUCAUGUCCUCAGCGAGUUUGUUUCAGUAAGAGGUUCACGGAUCCCACCAUAUGUCAAUUCGUGCGUGCAGGGCAUCGUUUGUUUUGCAGUGGCAUCCACGUGGCAAUGCACCUACACCGCGUCCCAUUGGGAGAAGAUCGCGGUCCCCAUGGAUGAGGCUCGCACAUCAUGGGGACAUGCUUUUUUGCUGCUGGGCGGGCUGGCAGUUGGCAACUUUGUACAUGCGGCCACUUUUUUCUACCUGCUGACAAGCAUCGGCGCAGUGUCCACAGGGCUUCUGAAGUCCCUGCAGGCCGUGGCCGUGUUCUGCCUCUCCCACCUCCUGUACUGCGGCCGCGACCCGUCACAGUGCUUCACCCCGGUGAAGGGGACCUCCCUGCUCGUCGUAGUCUGCGGCAUGCUCUGCUACGUCGCGGCGACUGGCGCCUCACAGAUCCGCCCGCACGCUUCGAGCAGAGGGAGCCAGGCAUAA